GCCCAGCGCGGACCUAAGCUUCUCGGAGCGCUCAUCAUUCGCUCUGGAGCGCCUGGACACGCUCACAGCAUCGUCAUCUGGGCGACAGCAUGCAUCUGGAGACGCUGGAUUGUUUGUGGGGUUCGGUGGCGGGGCAGGCGGGCCGCUGACGGCCGCGCAUGACUCCGGCCUGGCACCCACUAUUUGCUUGUGGGACUCGCGGCUUGUCUCCUUUGACGUCUCCCGCCUGUUGGCCGAGGCGCACCGCGGCCGCCACCAGCCGCAGACACUCUCGGCGCAGCAGCCACAGCUGUCUCAUCAGGAGCUGCUAGGGGCGCAUCAGCACCUGCCACGGCUGCAGAUGCACCUAGGGGGCGCAGACGGCGUCACACCCCGGCUGCAGCUGCAUGCGCCGCUCACGCCGCCGGAGCUAUGGGCGCCGCACGUGCUGCCAGGCGCACCCCGCCCGCUGCAGCCGCACCAGCCGCACCAGCCCCCUGCCCCCGCCGGCCUCCCCGCCACGCCUGCGCCCGCGCCUGCGCCCGCCCCUCCGGCCCCCGGCGGCCCCGCCCCCGCCCCGCUGCGGUGCGGCAACCGCGGCAACACCUACCAGCCCAGCCGGCGCAAGCGGGUCAACCGGCAUGGGCUGGAGAAGCGGCUCAGCACACCGCAGGGCCGCGAGGUGUUGCUGCGGCGGUUGCGCAAGGGCCGCUGGCGCAUCACGGUCGACUCCUUCCGCUGAGUGUGAGCGCCGGAGCCGGUAUGGAGCAGCAUUGGAGUGUUGAGCCGAGUGCCGGGGCAGUGCCGGAGCGGAGCAGGAGGGAGCAGCGCCGGACGGGGGCCGGGGGGCAUCGUGCCGGGGUGGCAGGGUAGGUGCGCGCGUGGGGCCGUGGGCUACGGCCGUGAGGGUUGGGGCGGGGGUUUGCAGCCCUAGACGCAGCCGGGGUGGAGGCAGGGGGGCACAGGUGCCAGAGCCGAGAGCCGGCUUGAGGGAGCAGUGCCGGAGCCCAACAAGGCGGAGUGGGAGGGAGCAGCGAUGGACGAGAGCCGGAGGGAGGUGGUGCAGGUUUGGGCAGGUCAGAGGGAGGUGGUGCAGGUUAGGGCAGGGCAGGGCAGGCACGCACGCACGCACGCUGGGUUGUCGGCUCCGCCUGCUGCGGCCUGCGGAGUUGCAGCGCAAAGCGCAGAGCGAACGAGGGGCAGGUCCCGUGAGGGGACAGGCGUGCAGUGGUGGGGCACCUACCCCAGGGGCACAGAGGACUCCUGAGCAUUGAGCAGUGGGCAGGCCCGGUUGUGCGGUAGUCGUGUGAAUUAUGCAUUGGAUAACGUGCGCGCACGGAGUGCGGCUGAAGACGAAUGUAAUACGGGUUCAGU